GCCCCUCCCGUCCCCACCGGAACCGCAGGUGCUGCAGCCUGGCGGAGGUGAAUGCCCUGCUGCGUGAGCAGCUGGGGCAGGCCAACGCUGCCAACCAGGCCCUGAGCCUGGACCUGCGCAAGCUGACGGAGGACUGGACGCUGGCCCGAGAGGAGCUCGAGGUGAAGGAGUCCGACUGGAGGAGGGAGGAGGAGACCUACAACCACUAUUUGUCGGGGGAGCGAUGCCGUCUGCUGGCCCUCUGGAAGAGGACGGUGACCCUCCGCCGUCACGUCCUGCAGGUCAAGAGCGCAACGGACAGGGACCUGGCCCAGGGCCGCUCGGACCUGGCCCGGCUAGCCAACACCCUGCAGUCGGCCUGCCUGGGGCUGGGCUCCAGCCUGCGGACGUCGGAGACGCUCUCCUCCCUUUCCCAGCAGCACUCGCAGAGCCGCCUGCAGGAGGCCGAGAGGGAGCUCCGGGCGCUGUCCCGGGACCGGGAGCAGGACCGCGUGCGGGCCGCGGAGGAGCAGGCCGAGCUCAACGCCAGGAACGCUGAGCUCUGUUUGAAGAUCGGAGUGCUCGAAAAUCAGGUCUCGGAGAAGGGGAAGGAGAUUGAAAGUCUGGCGGAGGCCGUCAUAACUUCUGAGGCUCAGAGGCAGAGGCUGCAGGAGGAGCUGACCGAGGCCAGGGAGCUGCGCCGGACCCUCGCUGACAUCCAGCGCUCCCUCGGCGACGUCGCGCAGACCCUCCUUUCGGACAGUCCGUCCUCGCAGACACUUCCCGAUCUGACGUCCGAGACGGGAGACGUCGGUCUGGAGGAGACCCAGGUCUUCACAGCAAUCCCAGCCCUCGUCUCCGCCAUCCAGACUGGCUUACUGAGCAAGCAGUCCCUCGUCGAGGUGAAGGGUCAUCCGUCACGUGUAGAUAUCUCCGUCCCCCGCUGGGUCAGACCCCUCUACCCCGUCUCCGUCCCCCGCUGGGUCAGACCCCUCUACCCCGUCUCCGUCCCCCGCAGGGUCAGACCCCUCUACCCCGUCUCCGUCCUCCGCUGGGUCAGACCCCUCUACCCCGUCUCCGUCCUCCGCUGGGUCAGACCCCUCUACCCCGUCUCCAUCCCCCGCUGGGUCAGAGCCCUCUACCCCGUCUCCGUCCCCCGCUGA